GAGAGAACAGCCUUAGAUUUGGGCCCAGAAAGUGGGGCUGGAGUCUCCGCCACAGAUAUUUGAGGUUGUAAACUCAGGCUAGUCCAGAGGUUUCCAGUUUCACUGUGAUGGGUCCACAGCCAGUUCCUGCACCGUGGGACUGGUUUCUUCCCCCUCUGGGCUUCCAUUUCUGCAUCUGUUGGGAGUGGGUGUCAGACCUCUAAGUUUACUCACCUGCCCUGACAUUUUAUGAUGCUAUGUUAAGCAGAGGUCCUAGGAGCGUCCAGAGCAUCGUGACCACUUGAGAGAGUCUCGUAGCUCAUACUCAGUCCCUGAGACAGUGGAGAGAACAGAGCAGGGUGCCCUCUCUAUCACAUGAGCAGGUGGGUCUCCUCUCUGCAGUUGGCCAUGGACUGCUGGUGGCAGCUCUCACUAGGGCUGUGCAUAGUCACACCCGUCUGGGCUGGGGACAGGCUGCUCAACGUCUGCAUGAAGUCCAAGCACCACAAGCAAGAGCCCAGCCCAGAAGACCAGCUCUAUGAGGAGUGCAUCCCCUGGAAGGACAAUGCCUGCUGCACAGCCAACACAAGCUGGGAAGCCCACCUGGAUGUGUCCCUGCUCUACAACUUCAGCCUCGUUCACUGUGGAUUGAUGAUGCCUGACUGUCAGAAGCACUUCAUCCAGGCCGUCUGCUUCUAUGAGUGCUCCCCAAACCUGGGGCCUUGGAUCCAGCAGGUGGCCCCAAGGGGGCAGGGAGAGCGAGUUUUGGGGGCACCACUAUGCCGGGAGGACUGUGAGCAGUGGUGGGAGGACUGCCACACAUCCUACACUUGCAGAUCCAACUGGCACAGCGGCUGGGACUGGAGUCGGGGGAAGAGCCGCUGUCCGGCAAGGGCCCCCUGCCGUCCUUUUCCGGAUUACUUCCCCACCCCGGCUGAUUUGUGUGAGAAGAUUUGGAGCAACUCCUUCAAGGCGAGCCCUGAGCAUAGGAACAGUGGGCUGUGUCUGCAGAAGUGGUUUGAGCCUUCUCAGGGCAACCCCAACGUGGCUGUGGCCCGCCUCUUCGCUAGCCCUGCCCCAUCCUGGGAACUCUCCUGUGCUCUCAUGGCCUUCUCUCUGCUCCUGUUAUUUCUUUCCUGAAAGCUCCAUCUUCUCCUGCCUACACUCCUGCACUCCUCCAGCUGUGGGCCAGGCCUGCAGCCUCCUUCCUUGGUCCUGACCUGAAACAGAGCAGCAUGGGCUGGGGGACUGAUGGGACAUGAGGCUGCAGGAGCUGGGGCCUGAGCCUUGCACCGUCAGUUCUAGAUCCCCUCCACUGCUCCACUCUGCCUUUCCCUGCCUGGAAGGAGCCAGGGGUGGGGAAUGACAAGGCAACUCGCCCA